AUGGGCGACACUCCAUUAGCCUCGUUGUCUCUCACACACGUUCACUAUAAUCCCGAGGAUCCCCUGUCACUGGUGUCGGCGUGGCUGGCCCUGCUGCCACAAGCACUAUGCGUCUCUUAUGUGACCCUAGUGUGGGCCUCGAGGGAGAUGGAGGUCGUCUUGAUGUUUGGAGGACAGCUGGCCUGUGAGGCGUUGAAUUUUGUGCUCAAGCGCAUCAUCAAGGAAGAGCGACCGAGAGAAAUGUUUGGCAAAGGCUACGGCAUGCCAUCCUCGCAUGCCCAGUUCAUGACCUUCUUCUCUGUUUACCUUACCCUUUUCCUGGCCUUUCGACACACUCCGGCCUACGCUGGGCCCUAUCCCUACUGCGGCUUCCUGCUUCGCGUGGCCGUCACAGGGGGCCUGUGGGCUGCUGCUGUCGGUGUCGCUGCCAGUCGAAUUUACUUGAAUUACCACACUCCCAAACAGGUGCUGGCAGGCUGUGGGGCCGGUUUCGUGUUCGCCUGCGGUUGGUUCAUAUUCACCAGCCUGCUACGAAACUCGGGCUGGAUCGAUUGGGCUGCGGGUCUCAGGGUGUCGCGUUUGCUGCGCGUCCGUGAUUUGGUUGUCCGUGAAGAUCUGGCCGAGGCCGGCUGGCAACGAUGGGAAGCACAGAAACUGAAGCAGCGCCUUGAUGAGGCACCUGCUGAUGCCGCCAUUCCGGAUCAGCACAUUGUCAAGGCCGACGAAGUUGACCAGACCGGAACCGAUAUCUCGCCCGUUCCUGACGAGCAAUUAAUGGAGGAGGUUGCGGAGGGCCUACGCCAAGAGCAGGCCUCCUCCGCAGCACCCAUACAGGAAUCGGCCGUUGACAGCCAGCCUGGAAAUGCGACCAAACGACCCGAACUUCGCCGAGACAUAUCAGCACCUCCUCCACCGUUACAACCCCCUCCACCUGCUCCCGUCCAGCAGAAUGCGGACCGACCCCCCGACUCGCUAAGCUUGGCGCAGCUCAGAAGAUUGGUACAAGAGAUGCCGAAGGUCGAGCAGCCGGCAUAUGCUUUUGAGUAUGCGGAUGCGCAGCCAUUUUCAGAGGAGAUUGAAGAGUGGUUCCAAUAUAAUGAAUUCGAUCGUGUGAUGUUGAUGGGAAUGAAGGCGACUUUUGAUCGCCAAUGGGCCGCAUUUGCUGAACAAAACGGCUUUAUCCCCGAUGAUAUUUCCUGGAUAGACUCAUCAGAUGAACUGCGUCGGACUUUUAUCACCGAGUCUCUGGACAAGGUACAGCAUGCUGAAGCCUCUAUGCGCCUGGAGGCAUUGGAGAAUAUCUGCUAUACUAUUACAGGUGUGUGGGGUCUUACGGCAGGACGUGCCACAGAGGGUCAUUCUACGGAUUCAGACCCUGGAACGAGAACAGAAACCCCUCGGUCUAAGUCGCUGCAGAUCGCGUGGAUUGAACAAAACGUCUUUCUGCUCCAGCAAUGCUCCGGAAUACCUCUUAUGGUCAAGAAGCUGUCCCAGUUAUUUGACAAAACCCGCUCUUCGCUUGGCCUCGACUCAGAUGGAAGUGACAUCGAAAAAGUAAACUCGGGUGACAUCGCAGCCCCGGAGCGUGAAGCCAAUUUGGUCCUUACUGUGCUCUACUUUUCCAUCGAGGUUGGUCGAAGACAAGAGGCUCAAGAUCCUCAGUGCAAUUUGAUUCGUGAUGCGCUGGCUGAGGCGGAUCCGUGCCUGUUAGUCACUAUCGUCGAAAUAAUUGCGCGAUUAAGAUGGGACGAGUCUGCCAAUAUUCCACUUACCAGAAUCAUUCUUUUGCUCUGGAAAUCACUCCUCCUCGUGUUUGGCGGCAGUGCGGACCUGAAGAGGGCCAAGGAAGCUCUCGAGCCAACCCUCCCCCCUCAGGAAGAUUCUGCCACCCGUCGCACGCCAUUCUUGACUGCCUCUCCUCUAGACUAUCACCUAUUCCGACAGGAGAUUACCUCAAAAUAUCCCGCCUACAACCCUCCUGUCCCUAUUGUUCCACUUGAACUAGAGAAUAACUCGAUUCUGCCUCCUCUUCCGCAACACCCUGCGAGGUCAAAUUCAUCUAGUGGCCUCUUCUCUGGAGUUGGACCCCCUAUCACUGGUCCAAAUGGCUCUAUCCUCCAGCAGGCUGUUCACAUUGCGACUCCAGCUCCAUCGCCUCCUCCUUCUCCCAUCGGACCUGGAGGUAAAGCUGGCAAGAAGCAAAAUUACCAGACCAACCAAAACUUCCCUCUCAUGUAUCCUCCUCUAGACGAUUCUAGCAACCGGAUUGGCGGAAAGGGUACUACUGAACGCCAGGAUGUGCUGGUCGGAAAGCGUUGGGAGGGCAGUGAUGUGCCUGCAUCAAUCAUCGAGGCCGGCAAGCUCUUCUCAACCCAUGUCAAGAUGACUCGUGCGAUGCAACAACUCUGGGGCGAGCGCGAGAAUUUCAUGAAAUACGACCGAGGCUGGAACUUUGAACAUCCCUAUCGCGUACCUGGCUCAAUGGUACCCGAUGACGUGUCCCUCGAGAUGGACCAGCUGGACUUGUCCAAUACCACACCCUCACCCCCACCUAAGCCAGCGCAGAAGGAAACAAAUGACCCAGAUGUCCAGAGAAGACUGGAUGCAGUUGAAGGCUUCUACGCCCACACUCUGUCCCACCUUCAAUCCAUCACGAUCGUCUUUUUGAAGAUCAUCCUGACCAAUGUCAGUGCUGUGGUCAAUCAAGCGAAUGCUUCCGGUUCUCAAAGCAUGAGUAAUGGCCACGGUGUGAACGGCUCAGCCGACUUCUUUCCCGAUACAUCUAUUGAUGAACUUGAUAACAUCCGGUUGCGUGAGAUCACCGGGAAGGCUGUCUCUGGAACUUUAUUGCUGAUGUUGAAGUGGUUCAAACGUUCCCAUAUUUUGAAAUUCGAGUAUAUGACACAGCUCUUGCUUGACUCGAACUAUCUCCCCCUCAUCCUCAAGAUGUUUGCUCAUCAAGAUGUCGACCAGGCGGUGGCGCAGAAGAACGACCGUGAAGAUUUAUCGUUCUUCUACUUCUGCGCCGAGAAUUCAGAUCAUCACUCUCAAUUUGAGGACCCAGCCGAUGGGGACACCGAGAGUGAAGACGAGGCUGUCCCACCUCCAAUCUCCCGACAACGCCCCAAUCUAACCCGAGGCAACACCUCCGUGCGAUUUUCACCUGAAGAGUCCGUGACUGACGGUCCAACACGUCCCGAAGUUGACGAACUUGGCUAUCCCACCGCACCUCUACCCAAGGAGCCAAUUACAGUCUUUUCAUUCCGAAAUUUCUUCUCCGCCAUCAACUACCUCCACAUCAUGCAGAAGAUCACCCGUGAUAAAGCGCACCGCUGCCUUCUUCUCGUCCAAUACAAGUCGAGUACGAUUCUCCGCAAGGGUCUGAAGAUUCCCGAUCCUCACCUCCGGUUCUACACCCUGAAACUAUUCAAGUCGCAGGUGCCCUACUGCGGGCGGAAGUGGCGCCAGAGUAAUAUGCGCGUGAUAACCGCUAUUUACUUAUAUUGCCGACCGGAGCUGCGCGACGAUUGGCUCGCGGGCUCAGACGUCGAUGCUGAAGUGGAAGAGGCCCUUCCCCUGGAGCAAGCCCUUCGCGGAUUGACGCAUUGGUGGCAUCUACGCCAAUACAAAGAUGUGAUGGGCGGACCCGAUGGCCCGUCUAUAAUGGAAGAAGAGCGAGACUUCUUCGUCCGAGAAUUAGAGUCCAUGGGAUGGGGAUGGGCCGAAGAGAUUGGUGAGGACUCCGACCUGGGACACAGUCACAUGAUGAAUGGGACGGAGUGGGAAGGGGCCCCGAUGCAGAUGGAGGGCUGGACAUGA